GAUGAAGAUUUCGCUGUUCGGGAGACAGAAUGUAAAGGCAGGGCAGUGAGUCUAUUAUAUAAUCUUGUCAGCAAAGAUUCGGUUCUGGUAACUGCCUGGAGUGCUGGACAAUUACAGGUUGAUGCUCUGGUUGAUGAAAUCCAGCCAGUUUGGAUAUCUGGUAACUCAUCUCGUCUUCGCAUGAACUCCCACAACAAAAUACAAGGAGUUGCUAUGAUUUGUGAGUCAAACAUAGGUGAGCUACCAGUUGCAACUUCAAAUCUGCCGCUCGAUCACACUGUUUGGUUAGGGCAUCCGCCGCCACUGUUAAGACUUGCAAUGGUUGAUUUGGCUCUUCCCACAAAGCGUGAAGGUGGCUCUCUUGUUACCUUGUUUGCUGACUCCCUUUUGCCAGAACGAAUAUACUCCCUCCACGACGGUGGUAUUGAUUCAACAGUCUUACACUCUCUUCCCUUCACAAGUCAGGCCACUGGAAAAGAU